AUGGUGUACCUGCACGCGGCGCUGUGUGAGUGCCUUAGGCUUUACCCGCCCGUGCCCUUCCAGCACAAGGUGGCAGCGCACAGUGACGUGCUCCCAAGCGGCCACCAGAUGAAGACCGGCGACAAGAUACUCGUCUACUCCUACUCCAUGGGGAGGAUGGAUGGCGUGUGGGGCAAGGACUGCAUGGAGUUCAGGCCGGAGAGGUGGAUCGCCGAUGACGGAAAGCUGAGGUACGAGCCGUCUUACAAGUUCAUCGCCUUUAACACCGGUCCCAGGACCUGCCUCGGCAAGGAAGUGGCCUUCACGCAGAUGAAGGUCGUCGUCGCCGCCAUGCUGUGGAACUUCACGGUUGAGGCCGUGCCGGAGCACGUCGUCGAACCAAAGCUGUCCAUCAUACUCCACAUGAAAAACGGGUUCGCUGUCACCAUGAAGAGGAGGAACGUCACGGACGUGCAGGGCUAG